CUUGUUAUUGUGUAGUUCCAAGAUUUUAUACAAAUUUCUGAUAAAACGACUGAUAACCAGAAAUAGAUGUAUUUUUGUUUGCUGCUUGUGCAUCCUAAUGUGUGAGGAUAAGUUUGAAAAGAUUUUUAAUUUCCGUCGAACCACUUAACCAAGCAUGUCGGAGCCCCACGUGAAAGUGCACACAGUUUUGGACAACAGGGUGUUCGAUGUUCCUUACAGUCCGUCGACAACUGCCGAGGAUAUUUGUGUUUAUGUUUGUAAACAACUGGGUAUCUCGCCCAUAACCAGGCACCUGUUUGCUCUGCGUAUAACAGGCAAGCAAAAUUUUUUACGUCCGUCGUCGCUGUUCACCGAAAAGUACACACAGUUCGAUUUACGGAUUCGUUUUAAAGUACCUAUUGUGCAUAAGUUGAGGAAGAUUGAUGAAAGGACGUAUGAUUAUUAUUUCCACCAAGCUCGGACUGAUGUUCUUGAGAAUAAAAUUCCGGAUAUUGUUUAUGAGAAGUAUCGGCGCGAGUUGGUGGGGUUGGGGAUUACGGAUAUGUAUAGGGUGAUGCUGGAGAAGGACAUACCUAGAGAGACUGUCGAGAAUGAGUACAAGAAAUAUAUACCUAAAGAAGUUUUAAAAAGACACUCGUUUUUUAUCAAGAAACCUAUACAUGAUACGUUAGGCAAGCUCCAGAAAUCCGUGCAUGAUGCCAAGUAUGUUAAAGCGGAGUAUUUGAAACAGUUGGAUAUUAUAGCGCCUGAGUACCUGUCGGAAGUGUACAAAGCUGUGACCGAUGAAGAUGGGGCAGUUUGUUCUGUGUUUAUUAAAACAACCCCAAAUCAUCCUACAGAGCCUGGAAUUAAAUAUUGCAUGGAAUCAAAAAAAGAACAAUGGAUUCAAGUUUGUACCAUAGAAGAACUUGGGUUUAUUUCAAUACGUGAUGAAGACGGCACUGUUGAAAUAAGUCGAAAAAACGGGAUUCCGUUCUAUUUGAAAUUUAGUAACCUGCAGACUAUGUUUUCAUUUAUCAGUCUCUUGGAUGGCUACUACAGAUUGACGUGCAAAUGGACUUUUAAUAUUUGUAAAGAUGUUCCAACCCCAUCAUUGCAAAAAUUGUACUCUAUGAAGUGUCAUGGACCCGUUGGAGGCGAAUUUUCGUAUGCCAAAUUAGAAGAAAAACGCAGUAACCGUCCAGGAUGUUUUAUAAUUAGAGAGAGCGCUGUAAAGUACAACGACUAUUACAUUGAUGUUUGUACAAAAGAUAGUUUAAAACCGAAAACGUACAAAUUGGAAAGAAUAAGCGGCGACGAAUUUAUUUUUAACGACGAUUUAACAAGGUACAAAAGUAUUCCACAACUGGUAGCUGCGUAUAAUGAUCCUAAUGGUGCUAUUUUCCUACAAGAGUGUCUACCGCCUUCAGAAUAUGAUACUUCUCCCUUAUUGUUGUGCCAGAGUGAUAAUCUUCCGGGAGAUUCCGUCACGGAUACUUCAGCUGUGAACAAUCUUAUGCCUUCAGCGCCUAUGUGCAUCAACUGCAAAAAUUUACAAGUUUUCAAAGGUCAGAAAAAAGAUGGUUCUAGAGGCAUCACUAUGACUUACAGAAGCAUGUGGAAAAUUACAAAGGGCAAAAAGAUUGAAGUCGCAAUGAAAGUUUUAAAACAGGAAGUGUGUGAAAAAUACUCAAAGGAAUUUCUUGAACUCGCCGGUCAAUACGCGUAUCUUCAGUCAAGUGCCAUUGUUCGUCUUUUUGGGAUUACUUUAUCAAGUAACGUUUCGCUUGUUUUGGAAUAUUUUCGGUUAGGGCCUUUGGAUGAAUAUUUACAGGACAAUAAAGGCCUUAUGAAGAAAGUUGAUUUGAUUGAAGCAGCUAGCAAUCUCGCCACAGCUCUGUGGCAUUUGAAAGAAAAUGGGAUCGUUCAUGGCAAUAUUCGGUGCCGGAAACUGAUGGUUAGUGUACAUGACGAAAAUUCGUUCACGGUGAAAUUGACUGAUCCAGGAAUUCACAUUUCAUAUGCAUCUAAAGAGGUCCACUGGAUACCCGUAGAAUGCUACGCCAACCUGGACUACUCCAAACGUUCCACAGCUGCAGACGUCUGGGCUUUCGCCACCACAUUAUGGGAAAUUUUCAUGUUCGGUGCAGAAAUAAAAACGACCGAUCACGUUGAAGCCAUGAGGUUCUACGCAAACGGGAAACGGUUACCCUGUCCACCCACGUGCGAUAAAGAUAUCUACGACCUAAUGAGGGAAUGCUGGAACGCCGACCCCCACCGGAGAAAACAACCCCAAGCCCUCAUGCGAGACAUCAACCAAAUUUUGUACCAAGUCUACAACUCCCGCCGAAUCCAUUCCUACGCUAAAGUCUUCACUAAGUCCAAUUCCACCCUUCAGACGGUCACAGCGACAUCUACGUACAGUUUAACGUCGAAUACCACCCAAUCCACUUUCAUGCCUGGCAACGAAGAUCUGGUGGCAGCGAGCGAAUUGGAGAGCGACUCCGCCCCUUCGAGUUUCCGCAGCCAAUCGCAAAAUUGGCUGCUGAAUUCACAAGAAGUGUUGAACUGCGAGGACUCGUAUUCUUGCGACUUCUCUAAUAUUUUGUCGAAUUUCAAUUUUUCGACGACGGCGACGACGUCGUUGGAUAGCAUCAAUUCUUUGCAGAGCAUUUUCGAGUUAGAUCAGGACUGCAGCGUGGUUCUGCAAGGGAGGAUCGGGCAAGGGUUUUAUGGGGAGGUGUACAAGGGCACGCUGGAGUAUAUGGGGAACCCGGACAUUGAACCCCGGAUCGUAGCGAUUAAGAAACUGAAGGCUACGGCUUUGUCUUCGUGUUUGCAGGAUUUUGAGAGGGAGAUUAAUAUAAUGAAGACGUUGCAGCAUAAAAAUAUUGUUGAGAUUUUGGGAGUUUCGCGGGAGCCUGAUAUUUCGUUGGUUAUGGAAUUCGUGCAUCACGGGUCUUUGCAGAGUUAUUUGAAAAUUAAUAGGGAGUCGUUGGGGAUGCAGCAGCAGUUGAAGUAUGCUCUUGAUAUUGCGGAGGGGAUGGAUUAUUUAGGAAAGAAAAAUAUCGUUCAUAGAGAUUUAGCUGCGCGGAAUAUUUUGGUUGUUGAUGAAAACCAUGUGAAGAUCUCUGAUUUUGGGUUGGCACAAGUUAUGGGUACCAAUGAGUAUUAUAUUUUGAAGACUAGUAGAGAAUUGCCCAUCAAAUGGUACGCCCCUGAGAGCUUACGCGAUGGCAAAUUCUCAGUUCGCUCUGACGUGUGGUCGUAUGGAGUAACAAUGUGCGAACUGUUCAACUGGGGAGAAGAACCCAAACUGACUAAUAUUAGCAGCACUGAUAAUGAAGGUCAAGAGCAACAAGUUUUCUUAGAAGCGUUAGAAAGGGGAACCAGAUUUCCGUGUCCUCCGACGUGCCCACAAUCUGUCUACAUUCGCAUUAUUUAUCCCUGCUGGCAUUCGGAUCCACAUGAAAGGCCAGCGUUUGCCGUAUUGGUACAUGAAACUCAUGAUUUAUUGACGCAGUAUUGAAAACUAAUUGCGUGCCCUUCAAAACGCCCACGAACCGUGAAUUUACAUUAUUUAUUCGUGUCGGCAUGAAGAUUUCCAUUUACAGUCUUUGUUAGUGGAGUUGUUUGACUAACAUGAAGUUUGUCAGUUUUGUGCCACAACUUGUGGGUAACUUUGUAAUUUUACGUGCAAACGCACUCUUAUCUCUUUAUCAACUUUAUUGAUGAAAGUACCUGUUUUCUUUAUUAUUUGCUCAAUUAUUUCUAUUACAAACGCACGUUUCUGUGCCAUUUUCAGUGCAAUCUUUCAUAUAAGUGUAAAUAUGUAUAUACGUUAUUAUUAAAAUAAACUGUAACAAAAUG